AAAAACAAAAACAGUUGGUGCAAUAAACUGAACUUAUCUAUGCCCCUUCGUUCCCAAUUACGUUUCUGUGAAGCCCUAAUCCUCAAAUUGAAAUCCAUGGAUUAGCUUAAUAAUUCAAAUUCUCAACAAUCCAAGAAUCUACAAUUUAGUUACUUCCAUUUUCCAUCCUAUGAUGUUUCCGCUUCUGAUUUUCAUGUAGUCGUCCCCAAAAACCUCCGAAUUUCCAGUGACGCGCGCCUAUCAUGGAUGCUUCAAGGGAGAAAGCUGAGGUCACUUCAGCAUUGCAGCAGAUGGCUUUUGGAACUGCUUCUUUCUUACACAUUCUAGUGCGUGCACGCCAGGCUUAUCUCCGCCGACAUAAUCGUAAAAAAAGUAAAGAGUUGGCAAGAUAUAACCUGAUAAGUAGGAUACCUGCACAAGUUGCCCAUCUGCGAAGGAUAAUAAACAUUAGUGAUGCUGACUGUAUUGAGAAUUUGAGGAUGUCCCGAAAUGCAUUUUCCAGAUUGUGUUAUUUGUUAGAGAGUGUAGGCGGACUGACAGAUACUAGGAAUGUGACAAUCCACGAAAAAGUUGCAAUUUUUCUUACUGUAUUGGGACAUCGUGGGAAAAAUCAAAUUCUAAAACAGGACUUUGUUCGAUCCGGAUAUACAGUCAGUAAAUACUUUCAUGAAGUUCUGGAUAAACUCUUCAAGCUCUAUCCAUUACUGAUUGUGCCUCCGGAGCCUGUACCAGAGGAUUGUACCGAUGAAAGAUGGAAAUGGUUUAAGGGUUGUUUAGGGGCGAUCGAUUGUACUCACAUCAAUGUGAAAGUGGCUGAAUUUGAAAAGGCACGGUAUAGAACAAGAAAAGGGGACAUAGCGGUUAAUGUGCUUGGAGUAUGCAACCCCGACAUGAAAUUUAUUUACGUAUUAUCUGGUUGGGAGGGCUCUGCUUCAGAUGAUAGAGUGCUGAGUGAUGCUUUGAGCAGAAAAAAUGGCCUAAAUGUGCCGAAUGGAAAUUAUUACCUUUGUGACGGUGCGUAUAGAAACGGAAAUGGUUUUUUGACUCCAUAUAGAGGCGUGAAGGUGGAGAGUUCAUCAUUGACUCCUCAGAACAAGGAACAACUUUUCAAUUUGAAACACUCGUGUGCGCUUAAUGUGAUGGAGAGAACAUUCCGUCUUCUGAAAAUGCGUUGGGAGGUUUUGGGGAACAACUCGUAUUACUCGAUAAAGGUACAGAAUCGGAUAAUCAUGGCUUGUGCGUUGCUCCAUAACUUCAUCCGUACUGAGAUGCCUGUGGAUCCUCUUGAACAACAACUUGAAGAAAACUUGGAAACUAACACAACUUGGGACGGACACAUAGAUGUCAUUGAUGCUGGAGAGUCGCAAGUUUGGUCUUCUUGGAGGAAUGAGUUAGCUAAUUCGAUGUUUAAUGAGUGGCGGUGUGUUCAGUGAAGGCCCCUGUAUGUUUUGUUGUUGUUUUGCAAAUAUAUGGUAGAUCUUUUUUGUUUCCGGAGAUUGUGUGUAAAUGUUUAAUCUAAUCAAAAUAUUGGAGGUGUAAAGUUGUUUCAAUAUCAUGACAUGUUUUGGAUGGCAUAAUGUAUAGUGUCUGAACAUGUUUUCGAGAUUCAGUGGUAAAUAAGUUUCAUGGCUUUUGUCAAUUUAUGU